AUGCAACCAUAUCCAUAUGCCGGAUAUCCAAAUGCAAACGGUGCAACAAUGCCCGUUGGUUAUAUGACACCACGUAAUUAUCAACAAAAUGUUCCACCAUUAGUCAACCAAUCAUCUGAUCGUCAUGCUGGACAAGCAUCAACACUUCGUCCUACUCAGUAUGCAUCACAACCAAUACGUUAUCCACCAAAUGCGGUUCCACCUGGAUAUAGACCAGGAUAUCCUGCACCAGGUCUUCCACCACCGCCUAUGAACACUAUGAUGCCUGGUAUGCCUCCUAAUCAAGCGUAUUACUAUGAUCCUAAUGGUUUGAAUCCUCCAGUACCGCCUGGUACGAAAACACAGACAACUGCAUCGAAAAAAGGUGCAACAGGACAUACAAAUAAUCCAUAUACAAUGGGACCAGAUGGCACACAAAAUGAAGCAAUUAAAAGCCUUGUUUCUAAUGGUAAUAUUAAUGAUUUAUUAAAUCAUCAAGGUACAAAAGUGAAAGUAUCGAAAAUUUAUCGAAUUACAAAAACUAAACCUGACAUUCGUAAAGAUGAUUCAAGUGAUGAUGAUUUGAAAAAAGUAUCACUUGAAUCAGCUCGAUCAGUAACAAAUAAACCGCGACCACCAGUACCAGCUCAACGAGCACCAUCAGCUGCCUCUAGUUGUAGUCAUUGUUCAACAUGUAGUAAUUGUUCUUGCUCAGAAUGUCGUAAUCAAGGGCAAGGAAAUUUUUAUGAUGAUUGUCCUGAAUGUCGUAUGGAACGAGCACGUGAACAAGCACAACGACAAAAUCGUAAAUGA